UUUGCCAAUGAUAAUACUGGCAUUCCUGACAUCACGAGUUUGCGCCAGAUUAAAAGACUCAUUCACCCUGUGCUGAAAAACGACGGUAUCAUCCUCGAAAGAUGAUGCUCGAUGUUUAUACUGCUGUUGAGAAACCUCCUGGUCUUCGUCCUGUCUUGAUCCACAUUCAUGGCGGCGCAUGGAGAAUGGGGUCCAAAAACCAUCUAUACCCGUACGAAAACGAUCUUAUUACCGAAGAAAAAUGGAUUGUUGUCAACAUUGCGUAUCGUUUGGCACCCAUUAAUGCAUACCCCACACACCUCAAAGACGUUAAGCGCGCCAUACGCUGGGUCAAACAGUGCAUCAAUAACUUUGGCGGAGACCCGAAUUUCAUCGUUCUUGCUGGCGAUUCGGCUGGCGGACAUUUGGCCAUGAUGGCAGCGAUGACUGCUAAUCAAAGUCAAUACCAAGAGGGCUUUGAGGAUGUUGAUACUUCGGUUCGAGGCGUGGUAUCGUUCAAUGGAGCCUUGCGUAUUCACCAUGACAUGUUCUUUGCUAAAAAAGUGGCCAUGAUGAAGGAGCCGAUAAACCGGGCAUUCUUGCUGGACCACUCGCCUGUGACCUAUUGUGAAAAGGCGUAUCAGCAAGGGAACCUAGUCCCAAGCCUCAUUAUGAUUGGCCAGAGGACAACGUGAUGCCCUUGUCAACCCAGACGGCGGUAGAGAAUUUGCCCAGCAGUAUCGACGAG